GCGACGGGAGAGCCUUCAAGUUCCGCUUCCGGGCCUCGCUCCCGGCACGCUCAGCGGGCGCUGGGAGGUCCCGCCCCCUCUCGCCAGCCGCGGCCAGGUGGAGGCGGCGGCGGAAGUGAACGGAACGGUUUCUGCGGCGGAUUUCAGACGAUUAGACCUGUCCACAGGAAGUGAGCUGGCAAGGCUGCGUUUCUGUGCUAAAACCGAGGAGCUGAUUGGCACCAUGAAAGUCUUCUGCGGGCGGGCCAAUCCGACCACUGGAUCUGUGGAGUGGCUGGAGGAGGAUGAGCACUAUGAUUACCACCAGGAGAUUGCAAGAUCAUCCUAUGCUGAUAUGCUGCAUGACAAAGACAGAAAUAUAAAAUAUUACCAAGGUAUCCGGGCUGCUGUGAGCAGGGUGAAGGACAGAGGACAGAAGGCCUUGGUUCUUGACAUUGGCACUGGCACAGGACUCUUGUCGAUGAUGGCGGUCACGGCAGGGGCUGACUUCUGCUAUGCCAUUGAGGUUUUCAAGCCCAUGGCUGAUGCUGCUGUGCAGAUUGUGGAGAAAAAUGGCUUCACUGAUAAAAUUAAGAUUAUCAACAAGCAUUCCACUGAGGUGGCCAUAGGGCCAGAUGGUGACAUGCCAUGCCGUGCCAAUAUCCUGAUCACGGAGCUGUUUGACACGGAAUUGAUCGGAGAGGGAGCGCUGCCAUCCUAUGAGCACGCGCACAGACAUCUUGUGCAGGAAAACUGUGAAGCGGUACCUCACAGAGCAACCGUCUAUGCACAGCUGGUGGAGUCCCGGAGGAUGUGGUCGUGGAAUAAGCUCUUUCCUGUCCGCGUUCAGACCAGCCGUGGAGAGCAGGUCAUCGUCCCCCCCUUGGAACUGGAGAGGUGCCCUGGUGCCCCCUCUGUCUAUGACAUUCAGCUGAACCAGGUGUCGCCCACUGACUUCAGUGCCCUCAGUGAUGUGAUGCCUAUGUUCAGUGUGGACUUUAGCAAGCAAGUCAGUAGCUCAGCAGCCUGUCACAGCCGGCAGUUUGAACCUCUGGCAUCUGGCCGAGCUCAGGUGGUUCUCUCCUGGUGGGACAUUGAAAUGGACCCUGAGGGGAAGAUCAAGUGCACCAUGGCUCCCUUCUGGGCACACUCAGACCCAGAGGAGCUCCAGUGGCGGGACCACUGGAUGCAGUGUGUGUACUUCCUGCCACAAGAAGAGCCCGUUGUCCAAGGCUCAAGCCUCUGCCUGGUAGCCCACCACGACGACUAUUGUGUAUGGUACAGCCUCCAGAAGACCAGCCCCGAAAAAAAUGGGAGAGUCUACCCAGCACGCCCUGUGUGCGACUGCCAAGCUCACCUGCUCUGGAACCGGCCUCGGUUUGGAGAGAUCAAUGAUCAGGACAGAACUGACCAAUACGUCCAGGCCCUGAGGACGGUGCUGAAGCCGGCCAGCGUGUGCCUGUGUGUCAGUGACGGCAGUCUGCUCUCCUUGCUGGCCCAUCACCUUGGGGCAGAGCAGGUAUUUACAGUAGAGAACUCAGCAGCUUCGCACAGACUGAUGAGAAAAAUUUUCAAGGCUAACCACUUGGAAGAUAAAAUUAACAUAAUAGAGAAACGGCCUGAAUUGGUAACGUCUGCAGACUUGAAGGGUAAAAAGGUCUCUCUCCUGCUGGGGGAGCCGUUCUUCACCACCAGCCUGCUGCCAUGGCACAACCUCUACUUCUGGUAUGUGCGGACCGCUGUGGACCAGCAGUUGGGGCCCGGUGCUGUGGUGAUGCCCCAGGCUGCCUCGCUGCACGCUGUGGUCGUGGAGUUCAGGGACCUGUGGCGGAUCCGGAGUCCCUGUGGUGACUGCGAAGGCUUUGAUGUGCACAUCAUGGAUGACAUGAUUAAGCGUGCCCUGGACUUCAGGGAGAGCAAGGAGGCCGAGCCCCACCCGCUGUGGGAGUACCCAUGUCGCCGCUUGUCCGAGCCCCAGCAGAUCCUGACCUUUGAUUUUCAGCACCCGGUCCCCCUGCACCCAGUCCGUGCUGAGGGCUCCAUCGAGCUGAGGAGGCCUGGGAGGAGCCAUGGGGCCGUCCUGUGGAUGGAAUACCACCUGACGCCGGACAGCACGGUCAGCACCGGCCUCCUGGAGUCUGCAGAGGACGAGGAGGACUGUUGCUGGAACCCGCACUGCAAGCAGGCUGUGUACUUCUUCACCAGCCCGGACUGCAGAGCCCCGCAGGGCGGCCCUCGGACCGUCAGCUACACGGUGGAGUUCCACCCCCGCACUGGGGACGUCACCAUGGAUUUCACGCUGUCAGACACCCUGGAGGACGGGUCCUGACCCUCACUUGUUGCGAAAUAAAGUGGCCCGAGGGCUCUGGGCUCUGAAUGGCGUGAAGCUCCCUCUCUUUUCAGGGCCCAGUUAGACCUCUGGGCUCGGAGGAGCCCUCUUCCCUUUUCACAUUUUUGCGCCCGUCAGUUCCUUGAUUUGGGUGUGAUGGGCAGCCUGAACUGCUGACUGAAUUUGAAGCCGAGGAGGGGCCAAGGAAGCCCCCACCGCCCCCGCCGUGGUUCCAAAGUGCUCAGAAAGCUCUCACGUGGCAGUGUCCCUGUGCUGUGCUGGGAGCGGGCUGAGCCGGGCAGGUUGUGUGCUCUCAGCUGGGAGGGGUUUCUAGAUCUAGGCUGGGAUGCUGACUUGUGGCUGGGCCAUGGGCCUGAAAGACCCUGGCAGGGCCGUCCUUCUCAUGUGUUGGGUGACAUUAUCCAGGCAUAUCCAUAAGCGUCUGGCCUCUGUAUGCAGCAUCAGCAGGUGACUGAGACUUGACACCUGGACAUCAGGCUGCUGCUCAGAGGAUAGGGAAGAGGUGGUCUCGAAGCGUUUCCUGAGAUGCAGACCCGGAAACCAGCCAUCAGGAGGAGGAGCCAGGAGGUAAAACCUUUUCCUGUGUGCCCCCAUUCUAGCAGAAGGACCUCCCGCCACCUCCGAGGCCUGGGGCAGAUGGAUACAGUGUAGCCACUCCAGCCUGGCACUUGCUUUGCUGGGGAAGGCCAGGGAGUCCUGAAGUGGUCCCAGCCUGGCUUCUCCUCACUCAAGGUGCCCUUCGUUCUUUAUUCCCACUUGCAGAGGGAACAAGGAGAUAGUAGGAACCCAGGUGGCCUGGUUUUCUGGCGGUUCAGGGCAGAUUUAUCCUGUUCCCGUGCUGCUGGGGGGAGGGCAGGAAAGGCCGGCCCCCCACAGCCUGGCCCCAGCUUGUCGCUCAAAUAAGAGAACACCAGCCUUGAGCCUCACAGUUUUAUUUUCUUAUUAUCCAUCCUUCCGUUCAGCACCAAUAAAGGGAAAAAACACCUCUCUUUUCAAAAUAUUUUAUCAGGUGUAAAGAUUGUUUUUCUUCUAGGGAAGAAUCGUCUGGAUAUAUAUUUGAUAAUAUUUUUACCAAAACCUUAGGUGUGCUUACCAUAUAAAACCCCUAAUGUCCCAUGAGGAUACAAUACCGAAAAAAAUACAGAAAUUAAAAAAUUGUUUUUUUUUUUUUCUUUUUUAAAACAGUAUUUCUAAAUCUUAGCAAGUUAAUACAAUAGUUAAAAAGCAUCAAGGUUAAUAUUCAUACUUAAAACUCAAGGUGGUUUGGACAAAUGGAAAUGACCGUUUCCUUCCGAAGCUGACCCCUGCCUCCUGGCUUCUGUGGAGGAGGCUGGGCCUGGGGCAGGCGUGGGGCCUUGGGUGGGGAUUUGGAUGACCCCUGUGUCCACCCCUCCUAGGCCUAGAUGCCACAGAAUCUGAGAUCCUGAUAGUGUUUUCUUUUUUUAAAAAAUCAAAAUGGAAAAGUCUGGCUUGUGCAUGGUCCUAGGAGUCCACAGCCUUGAUGAAACGUGUGGUUGGGCAGUGGUGGCCUCAGUGCUCAGGCUGCGCCAGAGGAUAGGGUGAGGGGAGAUGGGAUGCAGGCUGGCCCGGCUCCAGAUGCCAAGCCAGGCUGGGCAGAGGCGACCUUGUUAGGACAGGAAAUGACCGAGGCACAGGGAGGUAUGACUUGCCUAAGGCCGCCCUGUGAGUAGGGAGAGAAGCAUGUGCCGCCCUGUGCCGCAGCUCCCAGAGAGCUGCCCUGGGAGGGAGGUGGCUCCUCGGAGGGGUGGAGGCUGGACUGGCGUUUCUCUGCUUCAGGAACCCUGGCCUUUGUCUCUCCUGUUCUCCUGGACACGGCUGACUCGAAGCCUGGAGGCCUUGGCUCAGUCCCGCCAUCCAGGCAUCGAGUGUGUUCAGUUGGGCCCUGCCUAUGUGAGCAGAGAUUCCUGGCUGCUCCUGGGAGUGGGGGGCCCUCUGACCCCACGGAGCCUAGCCAGGGCCCUGGAGGCCAGGCCCUCAGAGGAGAGGCACAGCAGAGAGCCCAGGUGGGACUGUGCACUCGGGGUUGAGCAGCCCCUCCUGGCUCCGGACUCAGGGUGGGGCUGGGGCCUUGGUCAGGGAAUGCUCCUGGCAACGAAGCCGUCAGCCCAGACACUGCCCUGAACAAACCAGUGCCCCUGUGUAUAUGGUUCUCAAGAGUGUCCUCCUCCAGCGCAGGGCCCACCUCUGGCUGGCUGCUUGGCCCCCGUCUUGGUCCUUCUUGCAGCUCAGGUGGGUGACAAGGCACAGCGUCAGCGAGCCGGCACCAGGAGGCUUCUAGUAUUCGAAGGGUCCUGGUGCACUCCCCAGCCUCGCUGGGCAGAGCUGGCUCUGAGCCAGGUGGGCACAAGGUCAGGGUGCUUCGAGGAGGGGAGACCAGUGGGGGUUGUCAAGAACAGUCCUCCGAGUUGGCGGGUCCUUGUACUGGGAAACAGACACCAGCCUCCCUCGCGUGACUAUGGGGAGCAUCCCCGGGUGUGUUUAAAAAGGCAGGUAGGCAGAGGCAGUGCUGCCAUGGAGAGGGGAGCUGCAGACCUCACCUGGGCUCUGCCAUGUCCUGCCCAGUACCCAGGGCUGGCCCUGGUCACAUGGUGGCAGAGUGGGUAUCUACAGGCCUGGAUGCCAACCAGUACCACUCGCUGCCCCAGGCAAGCGGUGGCCCCCGGCCUUCAUCCCCAGCCUCCACACUGGUGAGGGUGAAGGGACAGGCUGGUCUGCACCUUGGCUUCCUGCCUCUUCAUCCAGGGCCCCUGGGUCGCCUUUCAGGUUGGGCCUGGGAUGACAGAGCUGCAGCCUCACCCAGAGGCAGGCAGGCAGUUCCUGAGCUCAGCCAGGGAAAGCUUGGUCCCAAACCAGAGAGGUGUCCAGAAGGGAAAUGGGAUCAGGCAGAAAGAAGAGGAUGUGUUGGUGUUGACAGAAGAGAAGCUAUAAAUCUAUCAUUUGGAAAACCUGAAGUCCCCCUGGCCCAUUUAUACCAUGAGCUCCCCUUCUUCCUGUGAAAAGGUGAUGCUGUCUCCUCAGAUUCCCUCUGCCCACUUUGAAGUCUCUUGGGGGAGCCUCUGGGGCCCUGUUUGGCUGGGAGAGGGGAGCCCGAGCAGCGCUCUCCCUCAUGGUUUGCAGACCCUCUAAAGUGAAGGGUAGUUUUCUUAACUUUUUCUGUUUUUCUUUUUAAAAUGUAAUCGCCCUUGAAUGCAAGACCCUGGGAAGAGCCCGGCCUUGCUGGUAACUGGACACAGCCCUCAAGGUCCCUGCUUGCUAGCCAUCUGGGCUGGAGGCGGGAACUGGCGGCCCUGUGCCCAGGAAUGCUUCUUUGGCUGGUUCUGAUCGUGUUUGGAGUUUGGCCUUGGGUGAGGCCCGAGCGAGGGGUCUGUGUGGCUACGGCAUGGCACGUGACAUGCGGGCAGCGUGCAUGCGAGGGUGCAGGCAUGCGAGACAACGUGGCAGCAGACAAAAAUAAUGAACCCUGGACGAAGCUUGAGAAGAGAUAUAAAGAGUACAGAAACCCGGUUCUCAUACUAACCCCCGGGUUACAAACUAGGUUGUGCUGUAGAUUUGUAGAAAAUCACGUUUCGAAAGAAUGGCACUGUCGGGCAGCUGCGGCUCCCAAGGCUGGCCUGACUCCUCCGUCCACGGUGAGUGCCCAGAGGUGCAGGACAGCGCUGGCUCCAGCUCACCCGGGACUGACCGAGGCUCCCCCCGGGUCCCUGCCCUCCUCCCCCAGCACCAGGGGCACUCGCUGGAGGGGACAUGGCCAGAGAGGUGCUGCGGCUCAAAGGGCUGGCAGAGGCCCCACUGCUCGGAAUGACGUGGCUGGUCUAUGCCUCCUCCUCUCCUGCAGACACCAUCAGCCGCAUGGCCACUGGAAGGUGGUCAGUCAGGCCAGACAACUGGGUGAUAAAACUGAAUUCUUCCACCUCCUGUUGGGGAGAAGCAUCCCUAUUAGAUCCAGAGGAUAUCCUGCAAAGGAAGGGCCUGGAGAGCAGGGGUGGGGCCGUGGGAUGGGGGGAGGGGGUGCGGCUGGAGCUGGGCAGCAGCUUCCUGGAGACAGAGGGGUGGGAGCAUCACAUGGGCUCCAGGGCCUCUGGCACUGACCAAUCUCGUUUCCAGAGGCGAGUUCCGUGCUGUUGAGGGGUGCAGGGCAAGGGUCCCCUAUCUACAGGUGUAGCCUGACUGCCCGGUCCACCCCAGACUCACGGCCUUCCAGUCCGGGCACAGCCCCUCCUCCGCAUACAGCAUGUAGUCGAUGCGCCUGCCGUUGCCCUUGAGCAGGUCCUUGCGUCCCUUCUGGCCCACCCCGGGGCUCUUGCUGGUGGGGAAGGCCAGGUACUCCCUGCGGCCUUCCUCGCUCUCCAAGACCCUGCUCGACACACAGGAAGGCACAGGAAGCAAGGUGAGCCCCUUGCCCCCUUCCCCAGGCCCCAGAUCCUGAGUGUGGAGCCACAUUCUCUGUUUUUGUUUUUGUUUUUUUUUAAGAUUUCAUUUAUUUGAGAGAGAGAGCAUGAGAAGGGGGAGGGCCAGAGGGAAAAGCAGACUCCCUCCUGAGCAGGGAGCCUGAUGUCGGACUCAUCCUGGCGGGACUCCAGGAUCAUGACCUGAGCCAAAGGCAGUUGCCUAACCAACUGAGCCACCCAGGUGCCCUGGAGCCACGUUCUCAUCCCCAAGUGAGAGACAAGCAGGUUUCCUCUGGAGCCUGAGCACCCGCGGUGAAGAGCCUUCACGGGAGACUUGCAGAGGGCAGGUGCUGACAGACACCGCACAGACCCGCCAGGCUGGCUCAUGCCCGGACCCAUGGAAGGGGCGCCUGGACGCGAACAGCCAGCAAACAUGGGUUCCUACAAGGCUGGGGUCACAUCACAGACAACCCGAAACAGCCGUCCGUGGUGACCGUGCUGCAAGCCUGAGCCAUUGUUGGGGCUGUGAUCGUGGAGAAUGGGUUUUCUAUGAUGAGAUCCUGGACCCUGGGAACCAUCCAGGGAAGGUGACUGUAGAGGCCAGUUCGUGGCUGGGGGACAUAUAUCUGCUGAACAUGGCCCUGCCCAUCCCCCAGCUAAGAGUGGCCUGGACUCGCCACCGCUGCCACAUCACGGGCCCUCCUCUGACAGCCUUGGGAGGCUUCCCUCUUUCUUGUUGCUGCCAAAGCCAGUGCUGUGAGCCCCGUGAGCCCCGUGAGCUGCCAGGAUCCGCUUCCUUACGUGCUUGGACUGAUUGAUUCUGCUCUGGCUCGAGUCCUCGGGAGUGGCAGAGAAAGUCACUCCAGCUGCUGAGACAAAAAUAUAUCCGAGGAACAGAACAUUGAUGAACCAUAUGCCAAAAUGGGGAGGUAAGAGGAGUUCACUCAGUUUCAGCAUCUCAGACUGUGAGAGGAGAGUCAAGGAUCCCCAACUCUGGGCCUGCAAAGCCACACAGGAACCACUGAGUACUCUGGAGUGGGGUCUGGGUCCUGCAUCAACUGGCCAAAUGUUGCUUCCCCAAACUCUGGAAACGCUGAGAGUGGCUUUUGCGUAGGGAACAAAAAGUCAACACUCGGUGCGUUGUCAGGCUCAGUAGAAGAUAACGGGUAAUGACCAAAUUACCACGGUCUAAAAACUCCUGCAAUUGCAUCCAAAUUAGCAGAAAUAAUUAUGAUUCCCUUUAAUUAGUGGCUACGGGAGCGAAGCCUUGGGCUGGUGGGCAGAGUGCCUGGCACGGCAGCUGCGUGACCGCCGGGAGGGAGGGCACAUCCGGCCAGUGAGGCUGCAGGCCUAAGGGAGCGGGCGUUGGCCCCUUCGUGGACAGGGGCCCCCUGCCUCCUCCUCCUCCCUUUAUCACUGCCACCCUCACCACCGGCACCGCAAGGACCCCCCAGGCCUCAAGCUCAUUCCCCGCCUUAUGAGUGGGCACCAGGCUGCCCCCACUUUACAAAUGAGGAGAUAAUGGCUCAGAGAUCUGAGGAACUUGCCCGAUAGCACCCGGCCAGGCCUGUCUGAGCCUGGACCCUCGGCCCUUGUCCCUGAGCUGGGUGCCCACCGGUUCAGCUCCAUGAAAGGCCUCGCCUGCCCCCAGUCCUCCCAGAGUGGAAGGACCUCCUGGCUGCAGCCCCACCCGCACCUCCGCCCUGUGGCUCUACCACAGGCUGACCUGUGCCCCAGGGCAGGGCCAUGGCCUCCUACCUUGAGAAACAGCGCUCCUUUGGAGGCCAGGCCGUCGGAGCGCCGCCCGUUGGGGUAACAGUGAUAGGCCACGUCCAUGAUGGGGUAGCGGCUGGCAAAGAAGAGGCCGCUGUUGAGACACUUGAAGCUGCAGCAGCCUUGGCAGCCGUAGACCCCGACAUCGUACAGAAUGUACUCAAAGUAGCCGUGCAGCUGGUCUUUCAACUUGGCGGCUGCCCGCUUGUCAAACACCUCCUGCAGACACAGGAAGUCCAGGUUGGCGGGGAAGAAAGCGGACACCUCGUGGUCAAAGGCCUCGUCCGGGUGCCGCCUCUUGCGCGCGGCCGCCUUCUUCACCCCGGAGGCCUUGUAGGGGAGCUUGCUGUUGGUGGCGCCCGGCUCCCCGCUGCCGCCGCUGUCUGCCGCGGCCCGCACCUUCACCAGGGACUCCCUGGAGGCCGAGGGGCUGCCCAGGCUCCCCGAGUCCCCGUCCCGUUGGCUGUGGUUGGGCAUCUGACCCUGUGGGGCUCCACCAGCCCCAUUCCUGGCUUGGCCCCCAGUGGCGGCGUCCUCGGCUUCGGGGGGCCGGCCCCCCUCCUCGCCUCCGCCUCCGAUGCGCACGAUGCAGGCGUCCUCCAGGUUACUGCCCUCGGCCGGCUCCCCGGAGGCCGGGCCGUUGGCAGCCUCGUCACCCUUGUAUUCCACAGAGGCCGUCCUCUUAAUGCUCCCAGGGACGGCCCGGGCCACGCCAUCGCUGCCCUGUGGUGACACCAGGCUGCUGAAGCUGGCCGCGCUGAUGGAGCGAGGACUGGACUGGGCCCGACCGUGACAAGGAGCCUGGGCUGCAAAGCCAUGACAGACAGAGGGAGCAGAUCGGUUCGCAGGCUGGUCCGGCCAGGAGGGGAACUUGCCCGGGAGGCUUGGGGGCCAGACAACCGUAAGUCCAGAUGGGAGAGGAAGAGGUGGUCACAGGCUGGCCUGGGAGGUCAUAGGCCGGUGACUCCUGGGCAGGUAUGGGGUGUUGACAGAGAGAAGCUCCACACCAGAGUUGCUCCUGUGGGUUACUGGUAUCUGUGGGGACCUGACCUGCAGCCACCACAGCACCGGAAGGGGAGACUUGGACGACUCCAAGGCCUGAGCUAAGCCAAACCUCCUCCCCAUACACCUCCCUGAGGGCUGGGGGACUGGCUGAUCUGCUAUCCCUUGGGGAGGGCGUCGCAGGAAUAGAGCCUGUCCAGGCCUGUCCUAUUUGGUGUUGAAGAUGGCGGGGAGGUCCCCAGCAGCCUCCUUGGGUAAGCUGCAAUGGACAGGCUCUCUACUACUGGAUACCAAGUGACCCUGGCCCCAGGACAGCCAUCCCAUGUCCCAUCUCCCCGGGAAACGGACCUGGCAGGCACACUGCUACACCAGACCUGCUGCACAGAGAAUCACAAACGGUUCUGGGUGAAUGCUGACUUUGAAUUUGAAUUUCUCCUGCAGUAGGAAAGCAAGCAAGCCAGCCUAGUUCUGCUGGCCAAGGCAAGCGCUGGCCCCAAGGAAGCUUGAACCAUCUGGAGGGAUCUCUGAGCUUUGGAGAACUUUGAGGAAGUUGAGGAGGGUUGGGAGUUGCCCCAGGUUGGGGGCAGGAUGGGACCUGUCCCUCCAUCAUAGCCCUUCCCUCUGGUCCUCAUGCCUGCUGAACCCUCUCUCAUCCCAGCAGCAGGGCUGGGAAUCCUGGAACAGAGGGACCUUCUCCCAUCCUCUUUGUGUCCACAGGCUCAUGUCUAAACAGGCACUGGUCCAAACCCCAGGUUUCUGCAGGAAAGACUGAAAGGAUUGCUCCAAUCCAAUUACCGGAAUGUGCUCGCAUCCACCGGCGGCGCCGAGAUUGGGCCGGCCCAUUUCUGCCUGGAUGCCUGCUGCCCCGGGGGUUGGCAUAGCAACGGGGAGCUCUGAGCUGCUGAAACUUGGAGUCAACUCAUCACUGGGAGGACAAAAAGAAAGACUGAAGAGGAUGCCUUUCUAAGUGCUGCAGGAAAGAGGCCUGCAUUUUCUCUGAGCUGGAAGCAUUAAGAGCCUGAAGCUUCUGGAGCCUUCCUUGAGAGUGAAUCGAAUUCAGAGGAAAACAGACCUUAGGGCUAGAAGGAGAGAGUCCUGGUGGCACUUUGAGCUCCAGUUUCCCCGUGCCUGAAGACAGCACAACCCCCAGACUUUCUCAUUCAGCCCCUCUACAUAUAAAACAUGAAUAAUUCGCCUAUGAGGGGAGGCCUUCAGCGCCACUCCCCCUCCAGAAGCCGCUGUCUUACCUGAGGAGGGGCCGCUGGGACCCUCUUGAUCUUCGUCUGAAGAGGGGGCACCACCGCAGUCAGGACCUGAAAGGACAUGAGCGGUUCACAGAGGUGUCCAGAACCCAACCUACAGCCGCCCAGCCGCCCAGAACAGGAGCCUCAAGCCCACAGGCCCAGAGACCGCAGACCAGCACCUGGGGUGACCUCUGAUGGACGUGCAGCUCUAAGUGACACCAUGUCCCUGGAUGCUUGGUCCAGGUUCCUGGAUGCCUCUACUUCCCCAGAGACACAGCCCAGUCAGCAGAACCAGCUGUGGAGCUAGAUGGACCUGCUCCCUAAACCAAUGAGGCGACUGAGGCUCAGAGAGGGGAAGUGCGCUCCCCAAGACCACCACGGAGGAGGUGGGAUUGGAACCCGGCUCCGUCGGACUCUGAAACCAGAGCUCUUCUCAGUCCACCCUGCCACAGAGCCUUCUGGUCCCACUUCUCACCUUUGAAGGUAAAGCUCCACGAAGGCACUGCUCCUGUCUGUUUUGUUCACUACUGGAUCCGCGACACCCAGAACAGCACCUGGCUCGCAGUAGACACCAGGGCCAAUUUGCUGCACCUCAGAACUGGUCUCCCCCCCUCUCACCUCUGCCUGUCUUCAUUUGUGCUCGAGAACACCGAAGACAGCACCCCCAGCCUGGAGGAAGGCUGCUCCUCGGGGUCAGGAAGGCUGGUUUGAUCAGUUAAGUACCAAACCUGAAUUCUCAACACCAGGGGUUUAGUCUUUUCUUCUGAUCAUCCCUCUUGAUCUUAGGCUUUGUAACCAUUUUGGAAGUGGAUUUGGUGUGAUUAAAUUCUUUUUUAACCUAAUCCUGUAUAGAAAACAAAAGUUUUAAAGGGAGUGAAUUAGAACGGAUUUGCUGAUGUCUGAUCACUUGUGUGGUAAUUCACCCCAGGCUCAUUUCAAAACCAGGGCUGGGCAUCACGUCCUGGAGAAUACUCCACUGGAUCUUCCUGUAAGGGAGGAGGGAAGACUCCGUCCUUAGAAGAGAAGAGUUAUACGGGAGUCAGAGGGGCCAUGGGCUUUGAGGAGCAGAGCUGUUGGAAAGCCCAUGCACUUGAUUUCGCAGGGAGCACCAGUCCUGGCUGGCAGGAGUCAGCAUGGCUGGGGUGGCGGGCACGUUACCCGCCCUGGCCUGGUUUCUCUGUUUUCUCUUGGAAUCCUCAUGACCACAGCUUGGGAAACGCAAGGAUGGGUGUGCAGGGGGUGGUGCACGAGGAGGGUCUGGCAAAGGGCUUUUGGUAGCAGGACUGCAGGGUCAGGUCAGGAUCUCUCAAGGAGGAGGAAGAGAGGAGUCCCCUGUGUCCCUGGCCCACCCGCCACUGAGGCACGAGCUCCCGGAAGCUGGUGUGUCUGCAGCUCAGCCCAGUACAGAACCUGGGGGUAUCAUGACGGCGAGAAACGAUGUUUCCAAGAAUACAACGUAGAAAAGAAAGCUCUCCACCCAAAUUGGAAACAAAAAGUCACUGGCACUUGAUUGGGACCUGGAACCUUGUGGGAGACCCUGUUCUUGGCAACACUAGAAGCGGGGAAACUGUGAGUUUCCUCUCUGUCACCCCAGUCACACGAGUGCAGACUUGCUGGGCCCUAUGGGCCAAGCUGGGGUAGACCUGGCUUUUAGCCAGAUAUGUGGUAACUUUCAGAAAAUGGGAUUUCCCUCUUCUUCUGGUUUGGUUUUUAACUUUGGGGAUUUAUCAUUUGUUUAAUCUCUAGCUUUUGGGAGCAGGCAGGAAGGUUUCUUCCCCCAAGACAGGCGCUAUGAUGAGGGUUUGGGGUCACAGCCUUAGGACUCAAUGGCUGCCCUGCAUCUUCUUGUCCUGCUGGCCUGGCCGGCACGGUUCCCACACCUGCCAGCUGCCUGGCCCCGGCUACCUGGCCAGGCUUCAUUAAAGGAGACGAACGGAAUCAUUCUGUCUGGGAGGUCUUAUGGUCCGUUCCCAUCGCGAACCCAGCUACACUCAGAUGAACGUGGCAGCUUGGGGUACAACGAAGCGCCACACGCAGUGCCACGAGCCUUAUCUCACUCAAUUCUCAACCCAGUCCUAGUCUGAGAAGGCCUCAGAGGUCACCGCUUUUGCCCUUGGUCAGCCGCAAGGCUGGGAUCUGCAGCCCCAUGGCUGUGUUGUGAGGGUCUAUGCUCUUAGCCAGCCUGUCAUUCUUCCCAGGGGGCUCGUUUGAUGAUUCAUCUCUUAUUCUAUACCCAGAGACAAUGAGGCGGAAACCAGAAGAAAAGGGGGCUAUUAUGAUAGCACUAUUUGCCAUUUACCUAAAUUAGAUAAUAAAUCACGGAGCUACUUGAAAAAUAUACAUGUCAACCUCUUGAACAUCUAGUUAUCACUUAGUGCCAUUUGAUGGUACCUAUGGUAUAAUUAAGACUUUUGUAGAGAAAAUAAGAUAUUCUCUGUGAAAUGGAAAAGUGAAUGGGAAAGUGCAUUUAACCUGGCCCUCCUCUUCCUCAGGGACAGGGCAACAGACCCGUGGUGGUGGGUGGCUGGGGGCGCUUGGGCUGGUCGGUGGAUUGCAAGCAUUCCCAGCCCCUGCAGACCAGCAUGGGAUGCCGGGAGGGGGAAGCCUGUUGCCUAAGUAGCAGCGGGCCCAGCUGAGUGAUGCUGCCGAGCCCCAAAGAACUCCAUGCCCAUUCAUCAGCCUCAGCAUAAUUGGGCGCCUGCCACUGGCAUCUCCAGAUGUUUGCCUUGAUCAGACGUUGAUGCGGUUCAGUGUUUUCAUUGAGAGCCUCAUAAAAAGCUCUAGCUGGUUGGGGACGCUUAUUGUUCAUUUUAUUUGAGUUCCUUAUCAUGUGCAAAAUGUUCCAGGCACCAUUAGGAGACACAAAAGACUCAGAAAACACAGUUUCAGGGCGGGUGGAAGCUCACCCUAGCGCGGAGGAGGAGACACGGCCUCUGAAAUUUACAAACAUUUGCAGAACACAAUCAGCUAGUCGGUCGCAGCCGCACAUGAGGGCAGGGGGGUGGGUGGCGGAGACUGAGGAUUUAAUGCUCGCCUGAGAGAAUCUUCUAAAAUCAGAUGGGUGUUCCAGGCUGUUUGCUCAUUAAUGUGGUCUUCAAAUUACUUCUCAGAGAAAUUGGGAGUGUGAGGGCCUGUCCUGGGGCAGAAGCUUGAUCAGGAGGAGAUCAAAGGGACAUGGAUCCUGCUUGAGGUGAAAGGUUUGAGGUGCAGGUCCAGGCACAUUAUAAUUAUUGCUUAACCGUAAAUGUAUCUUGGCAAGAUACAUUGAUUUGCACAUAGGUUGCUAAGGGCACUUAAGGGAAAACAGACCAUAGGCAAUGAGAACUGUCCCCAUCAAUUUACCAAAUUCAUGUCUGAGCAUCGUGGCAGUGCAGAGAACCUUGCUCAUAGGCGUAAAUUAAGGCUAUCUUCCUUGGAAAAGGAUAGUUUAAAUGAUCAAUAACUUCUCUUGCAAGAAUAUUUGAGAGGAUUCCUUUCUAAAAAUUGACUUCAUUUAUUCUUUCCUCUUAUCAAAAAAGGAUUUGUAGAGGUUUUUAACAAAAGAUACGACAGUGGGGUUAUUAAAAUUGAAAUGGGAAAUCAGAACUCAAUAAGAAAAGAGAAUACAAGUUUUGUUAACUGUAAUGGCUAUCCUCACUUCUGUGACCAAGGUCUACUUUUGGCUCUGAGCUUCCUGGAAUCCAAGGUCAGAAGGGCAACAUAAUCAAUGACGUAGGUUCGACUACUGAAAUGGACCAACUAUGUCAAUUCUUGACUAAUCAGUCAUGAAUUUAUAAAAAAAGCAAGAGAGGCAGAGGAAACUUUUGGGGAAAUGGGAUAUUUUUUAAACAUUUAGAAGGGAAAGAUGGAUUUUGACAUUUUUUUGUGAGAGGCAAAGCUUGGGCAAGAAUGACAGACACGCCCACUAAGAUCUGGGUGAAACCUGGAAUAAGCUCUGAUUUGAUCAGUUCAUUGCUGAAUGAGUCACUCCGGACCAGGAUGCAGGCAUUCAGCGUGUCUGGCCUGUCCUCAGGAAGAGGCUGUGUUCGAUUUCUCCGCUCUGCCUAGACAGCACCUGGUACAUUUUGCACAUAAAGAGCUCAAACGUGGCUUUGUCUCCCCUGGGUUGAGAACUCCGGGCGGGCAAGGACCCAUUCCCAGCACCCCCUGGGUAUGUCUGCUGCUAGUUGGAUAAUAACAGCUCACAAACCAAAAAUGGGAAACGUAUUCGUAAAACGACAAACACCUUUUGCAACGUAGUGGGAGCGUUUUCGCAACUCUCAGUGACAACAAUCGAAUCUUCCAGUUUUCUGCUUUUGCCAUGAAGAAAUUCUGGAUGGACCUGCCCAGAGGCAGAGGGGAGGUUAUGAAGCAUUAGAAGAGUUGAUACAGUUGUAUUAUUGGACUUCAUUUUAGAAGGGUCUGCCGUGGCCCCUAUGAUGGCGUGCUCACCGAAGGGCUCUGCUUAGGCAGACUUGUGUCCGGUCUCACAAAGCCCCCACCUCCUUGCCAGUAGGUAGAUGGUGGGAGGGGGCCUGGAGGGGGAGGGGCCCUCAGUAACAAUGCUGACCGGUCUUUAGUGGUCCUCCCGGCAGGCUUUGGGGGGGGGAUUCCAGCAGGCACUGCAUUUUACAGUUGGUCUGCAGUCGCCUUUCAUCCUCAAUUACUCAGUGCAGAUUCCUGUGCUGCUCUAAAGAUCCUUUGUGUUUCACCAUUUUGUUUGAAAAAAUCCCUAGAGGGUUCAUUUUGGUCCCAGCAGGGAAUGACUUUCCUGAGAAAUGAAGUCCUGGGCUCAGGCAGGCAGGGUCUCUGGAGGCUCCUGAAGUCUGAGAUGCUGGCAGAGGGGAAGGGUGCAGUGGGGGAGGGCUGAAGGCCGUGGCCUGGACAUCAAGCCCUCAGGAGGGGGGAAGCAUCUGCAAGCAAGACAUUGCUCAUGGCAAAGGCAGGGUGUUUGGAUCCCUCCUGUCCCAGCCAUGCUGGGUCUGUGCUGGGGGCCGGAGCGUCUGAAAUGUGGAGCUCUGAGCAGGGGCGCUGCCUCCGGGCACAGCAGCGGGUCUCCCGCCUAGCUGGGAGGCUGCGGGUAAGUCAGGUUUUCCCUCUGGGCCUUGCUUUUCUUCCUCUCAGAAGUGGGGAUUUGAAUAGUAUGUCAGUCACACCAGAUCAAGGUGUCCUGAGGAUAAAAUGCAACACAAAGUCCUGUCACAGCGUCUGGCUCAGAGCCUGUGCUUGCUGUGACUGUGGUUAUGUGCUUCUUAUCCUGUCCUGGCUGCUGAAGGGCCCACCAGCUCUCUCCCCCAAGUCUCAUGUCCUUGACAGAGGUUUUACACCCACGGGAGAGAAGGCUGAGCUUAGUCCCCACUCAGGCGAGCCUCAUGACCUCCCCGACCCUAUGUGCGAGGUGGGGCAUGAAGACGAGUCCUGCCUGUUGCCUGAGUGCUGUGGGAAUCAAGCACCGUGAAGACCCUGGAGAGACAGUCCCCUGCCCCCCAACACCAGCUCAUGAGGACUGAAGACAGCACUCAGAAGAUGCACAGCUCAGUGCCCGGAGCUCACAAAUGCCCAGCAAGUCUGGUGAGGAUGCCACUCUGAGGAUCAGGCACCAAUAAUGCAUGAAUUCGUCUCCCGGCCUCACCACUGCCCACCCCCCCAACCUCAGGGAAGUUUCCCAGGCCUGGAGAAGGACUUACAAUGUAAGCCAGAGGAAGGCUCCAACACUCCUGUUACAAGCAGUGUUCAAGGACACGAAGUCAGGGACUCUCAAGGGGUAGAAUAUGGACGGUACAGACCGGGGUCCUUGAUCAGAAUCCCUGACCCGCUGCUACAUGCCAAGUGUGAAAGCUGGAACAGGAACCCUCACCUCCCUGGGCCUCCAUUCCCUCGCGUGCAAAAUUGGGAAGAUCCCCCUUUUCCAGGCUCUCCUAGAGGUCAAAUGUGCAGGUGAGGACUGAGUGGAGAGAACCUUCCACCAUCCUGACCAUGACUUCCACCUGAGGGGACAGAGAAAGCCUGGCUUGGGCCACUGGCAAUGGGGAUCCUGAGGAGGGUGCCGCCGGACCACGGCCUGGGGAUAGAUCCCCUGAGCUGGCCCCCCCUCCCCGCCACUGGAUGUCCCCAGACUCUGAUGGGCCUCCACCGCAUACGGACUUGGGUGACCUGGGAAGUCCUUGCAGCUGGAAGCUAAACAAUAGAACAGAAGGCGCGGCCCUGGGCAAAAACCUGAAGGGAGAGGCAACCGCUCUUGGGUCUGGCCAGCAGGGGCGUGGCAGGAGAUGAAGGAGCCCCGCGGAGGCCAGAUCCUGCAGACAUCAGAUCCG